AUGAUUAUUUCGGCUGAGUUAUACAGAAUUCGUAUUUUAUCAGUGUUCAGACUUAGCUACCGAAGUGCAAUCGAUCGCUGUUACUCCGUCGGUGCUGUUCAGUCCACGCAAGAUAGUCCCAACCCUUAUCUUCUGAAAACCCACUGGACCGAUGCGUCAGAACUGGCUGACCAUCUUUUCAAGCGAAUUGUUGCUGUCAAUGAACAUUUUGUUGUUGUGGAUAAGCCUGCUGGUCUAUCCGUUUGGGGCCAUGCUCUUUCAAAGUUGGAAGCCCUGAAGCUCCUUCGACCCAA